UGGUUCUGGGGGUGCCGAAGGAAUGGGCUGGAAGCCCUGCGGCGCUGCGGGCUGAGCAGCCGGUGAGCAGAAGGGAGCAGGCCCACCUCUGUGUCCUGCCUCCUGGGCCUCCACUGCCCCACUGGCCGAGCCACGCAGGCAGCGGCUGAGGGAGGAGGACUGUGGGUGGCAGGCCCAGCCCAGCGUCACGGCCCAGGACUGCGGGGGACGGGGGCGUAGACCCCAUUGGCACCCACACGCUGCCUCCCGCUUCCCUGCAGGAGCGCCGACAGCGGCCGGCUCUCCCCAGUGAGAUGCUGCCCUCCUUCCUGUGCAGGAGGAGGCUGUCAUCCCCUCCCGAAGGGAGCAGGACGGCCCAGCCGCCACCGGCUCCAUUUCCAAGUGAUGGCCAUCGUGCCCGUCUGGUGGGCACGAUGUUCUGUCGCUUCAGGGCUCAAUUGUGUGCCUCUCAUGCCCAGCAAUCCUCGUGUGAAAUCAGGAGCAGGGAGGGAGGAGGAGGUCCCUUACUUAGUAUAUACUGAGCACACGGCCACCUAACCAGCAAGCAAGGGAGUGCCCCGCGCUGCGGCCUGCUUGUGUCGCCAGCAAGGGCCCUCUGAGCCAGAUCUUCCUCCUGUCCCGCCCCCGCACACUUUGCCGCAUUCCUUCCCAAGGGCCCAUCCUCGGUGGUCCUGCCCUUUUUAAUUACUGGAGUUCUGCUAAGGGUUCCUGUCGGAUGUGCCUGGGGAUCCCCGACGCAGACCUCCCUGCCCCCCAGGCAGCAGCACCCCGGUCUGUCCUCGUGCUCGGAGCCUAUAUGACCUCCUCUAGCCCCACAGAGGGCUGUGCCCCGUGGCUCGUGUCACCGAGCUUUCACAGCGCCCUUGGGCCCUCCUGCAGGCUGGCUGCUCCGGCCCCUGCGGGUCCGCCGGCUCCUCCGCCCCUUCUUCCUGAUGCAGAACUCCUCCAUGAUGAAGAAGACGCUCAAGUGCAUCAGGCGCUCGCUGCCCGAGAUGGCCAGUGUCCUGCUGCUGCUGGCGCUCCACCUGUGUCUCUUCACCAUGUUCGGGAUGCUGCUGUUCACAGGAGAGAAGAAGGACGACGGGCAGGCCCAGGAGAGGCUGACGUACUUCCGCAACCUGCCGGAGGCCCUGACGUCGCUCCUCGUACUGCUGACCACAGCCAACAACCCCGACGUGAUGAUCCCUGCGUACUCCAAGCACCGCGCCUAUGCCGUCUUCUUCGUUGUCUUCACCCUGAUCGGAAGCUUGUUUCUGAUGAACCUGCUGACUGCCAUCAUCUACAACCAGUUCCGGGGCUACCUGAUGAUGGAGGGACCGCCCUGGUGAAGUCGCUGCAGCAGCGCCGCUCAGAGCCAUGCUCCCUGCAGAAGUCUCUCCAGACCUCGCUGCUCCGGAGGCGGCUGGGGACGUGGGCCGCAUACCAGGUCCUCUGCUCCCUGUCGGCAGAGGGCGGCGCCGCUGCCCAGGGGGUCGGGGUGAAGGCCCAGGACGUCCUGCAGGUGCUUCACAAAGUCCAGCUGGCCGGCAGCCACAAGCAGGCCAUCGUGGAGAAGCUGCGUUCCUAUGGGGGCGACAUGAUGUCUGCUGACGAGUUUCAGAAACUCUUCCAUGAGUUUGACAAAAGGGUGAUUAAACAGCACCCGCCGCGGCCCGAGUACCGGUCUCCGUUUCUGCGGAGUGCCCAGUUCCUCUUCAGCCACCACUACUUUGACUACCUGGGGAACCUUGUCGCCCUUGGGAACCUCGUGUCCAUUUGUGUGUUCCUGGUGAGAGAUGCAGAUGUGCUGCCCGGCGACCGUGACGACUUCGUCCUGGGGAUUCUCAACUGCAUCUUCAUCCUGUACUACCUGCUGGAGAUGCUGCUCAAGCUGUUUGCCCUGGGCCUGCGCGGCUAUCUCGUCUUCCUCAGCAACGUGUUCGACGGGCUCCUCACCAUUGUCCUGCUGGUUUUGGAGAUCUCCACUCUGGCUGUGUACCGAUUCCCACACCCGGGCUGGAAGCCGGAGAUGGUGGGCCUGCUGUCGCUGUGGGACAUGACCCGGCUGGUGAACAUGCUCAUCGUGUUCCGAUUCCUGCGCAUCAUCCCGAGCAUGAAGAACUUUCAGGAGAAAAGAAAGCCAAGGACGUCAGACCCCUUUCUGAGUGUCCAGCUGAUGGCGGUGGUGGCCAGUACCAUCCUGGACCUGAUCAAAAACAUGCGGGCCUUUGGCGGGAUCCUGGUGGUGGUGUACUACGUCUUUGCCAUCGUCGGCAUCAGCCUGUUCCGAGGCGUCGUCGUGGCUCCUGGGAACAGCAGCCUGGCCCUGGACAACGGCUCGGCGCCCUGCGGGAGCUUUGAGCAGCUGGAGUACUGGCCCAACAACUUCGACGACUUCGCCGUGGUCCAAGGUCUAUUUUGUGCUGUGGUGGCUGGUGUCGUCCGUCAUCUGGGUCAACCUGUUUCUGGCCCUGAUUCUGGAGAACUUCCUCCACAAGUGGGACCGCCGCAGUCACCUGCAGUCCCUCGCCGGAGACCCGGAGGCCCCCUAUCAGAUGACUGUGGAGCUCUUGUUCAGGGACGUCCUGGAGGAGCCGACGGAGGAGGAGCUGCUGGCGGAGCUGAGCCACCACCCGCACCUGCGGCUGCGCCGGUGACGCCGGGCCCCUUCCCGGCUGCGGCUUCAGGACCGACGCUGGGGGUCGUGGGAAGGGGCGGGCUGCAAUCCCGGGGCCAGAGCCACUCCGUCCGCCCCGAGGCUGGGACAGGGCACAGGUCCGGUUCCCUGCGGGCGGAACCGCCACCAGCUUCUCUGCGGCGUCUCAGAAGGGCUGCCGGUGCCUCAGGUGGCGUCCUCGCCACUUUCUUGUGUCAGCUGCUUCCUGGGACUUUCACUUUUGAAACAUGGGAUGAGGGUGACUCCAUGGGGACCUUGAAGACAUCGUGAAGAGCCAGAAGCAGCGGCGUCCCCUCGUGCCCUGCGAUUUCUGUGGUGCCUUCGCUGCUGGCGGCCUUCAGGGACCAGGGGCCCGCGUGGGGCCUGCACAGGCCGACCGGCAGCUUUCCUGAGCACGAAGUUUGGGAUCUUGGCGGUUUUACCUGAAGAGAAUCUUGGCUGUUUUAUUAUUU